ACGGAUCCGAGAAAUCCCUAAUUUUCUGUGUCAAGAACUCAAGAUUCAUCCCUUACUGAAGGCAACCUGUCUAUACCCUUUCCCAAGUUCAUCUCUUGUAGGGAAUGCAGAGAGAUGAGAGGAGGAGCUUCGCUAUCUAAGCCUGUGUUGGGAGGGAGAGCCAGGAAGAACUGUGGAGGCAGGACUUGCCAUCGUAAACACGUCGAAGACGGGUAGAUUUGUUCUCUCUCAAAAAUCUUUCGAUUCGAAUUCCUGUAAACUUCAUUCUCUGGCGAUAGAAGAAGAUCCAUUUUUUAGGUUUCAGAGUUUUCUUCUUAGUUUGUGGUGGAUAAGGGGAAAGAUUUUGUGAUGGCGGAUAACAACAGAGCCGAUGGAAGCUCUGUGCUUCACGGAAAGUACGUGUUAGGUCGGCUUUUGGGUCAUGGUACCUUCGCCAAGGUCUACGUAGCAAAAAAUAUACAGAGUGGUAAAAGUGUGGCAAUGAAGGUUGUUGGGAAGGAGAAGGUGAUUAAAGUUGGAAUGAUGGAGCAAGUGAAGCGCGAGAUAUCGGUUAUGAAGAUGGUGAAGCACCCGAACAUCGUGGAGCUUCAUGAGGUGAUGGCGAGCAAGUCCAAGAUCUAUUUCGCCAUGGAUCUCGUCAGAGGCGGUGAACUCUUCUCCAAGAUCGCCAAAGGUCGAUUAAAAGAAGAUGUCGCCAGAUCUUACUUCCAGCAACUCAUUUCUGCAAUCGAUUUCUGCCACAGCCGCGGGGUUUACCACCGAGAUCUGAAGCCGGAAAAUCUCCUCCUCGACGAUGAAGGCAACCUCAAGGUCACCGAUUUCGGUCUCAGUGCCUUAUCUGAACAUCUGAAACAGGACGGGCUUUUACACACAACUUGUGGAACCCCUGCUUAUGUCGCUCCGGAGGUGAUUGGAAAGAAUGGUUAUGAUGGAGCUAAGGCUGAUCUCUGGUCGUGUGGCGUCAUUCUCUAUGUUCUAAUUGCAGGUUUUCUUCCGUUCCAAGAAGAUAACAUAGUGGCCAUGUACAACAAGAUACACAGAGGAGACUUCAAGUGUCCUCCUUGGUUCUCCACUGAUGCUCGCCGGCUGGUAACCAAACUACUCGAUCCGAAUCCCAACACUCGGAUCACCAUCGACAAGGUCAUGGAGUCGCCCUGGUUCAAGAAAUCGUUGCCGAAAACUAUACGAACGAAGGAAGAGAUGGAAUUCGAUAGUUUCGAGGGAGAGAAGGAGAGCGAAGCGAAGGAAAAACAAUUGGAGACGCUGAAUGCCUUCCAUAUAAUAUCUUUAUCAGAAGGGUUCGAUCUGAAGCCAUUGUUUGAGGAGAAGAAGAAGGAGGAGAAAGAGGAGCUUAGGUUUGCGACAACAAAGCCGGCGAGUAGCGUGAUAUCGAGACUGGAGGAGGUGGCGAAGGCGUUGAAUUUCAAUAUCAAGAAGAGCGACACGAGGGUGAAGUUGCAGGGGCAAGAGAGAGGGAGAAAAGGGAAACUUGCGAUAGCGGCGGAUAUCUUCGCGGUGGCGCCGUCGUUCGUGGUGGUGGAAGUCAAGAAAGACGGUGGAGAUACGCUUGAGUACAACCAGUUCUGCAGUAAGGAACUUAGACCGGCGUUGAAAGACAUCGUCUGGACUUCUCUGGCAGAUAAUCCAACCCCUGCUUAGAGAAUCAGAUCCAAAUUGGAUUCGAAGAUCAUUUGCUCAAUUUUCAUUCGUAUAUGAUUUUUAUUGUUAUCAGUAUAUAAAGUUUGGUAGCAGAAUUUGGAACGGCUGUAAAUUUCUCAACCGUCCCAUUUGGUUUCGUUUAUUAUUAUUAUUAUUAUUAUUUCUUUGUCAAUCAGUUCUUAGUGUGUGGUUGCGAAUUUGUGAUUGUAUGCCAAGUUUGGUGUGGUUGCACCUUGCAUCA